UUUUAGUUCAGUGCAGUUGAUUUCAAGACAACGCAAGCAUGGGCUGGAUUCGUUUCGCUUUGAAGUUCAUCGCUUUUAUAGCACUUGCAACACCAAGUUUUGCGAUCGAAACUCCCGUUCCGGAGCGUUUUUUGCAACCCAGAAAUUUCAACCCUCAUCCAAUAACUGAUGUACACCGAUCUAAGGAAGGCACAUUGCACCAGCUGAAUAUUCCAGCUCCGUCAGAUAUAUAUGCCCACUAUACACAGCGGAGACAGCCUGCCUACAAGGAUCAAGAAUUCAGACAGUACGCCUCCUUGGACCAGCAGCUUGCUUACGAGGCCAACGUCCAGGCCUACAUAGCCGAAGCGCACAGGCACCAAGAAUUUGACACAUCUGUCGGGCCGUACGUGUCACCGACCGCCAACUACGAUCACGGACAUGGACACACCUAUCAACACGAGCAAUACAGUGGCACUUCUGAAAGCCCCGUCAGGCACUUCACGCAGGUGACCCAGCACGGGAAUGGCCUCUACACAAGCAAAUCGACGCACCACCGUUCCGAUCACUUUUCAAAGAAACCAUACUCAUUCGCAUACGCCGUGGUUGAUGACCUGAGUGGCGAUGACUUCUCGCACUCGCAGGCUCACAACGGCCACGCGACCCAGGGCGAGUACCGGGUCAAACUGCCCGAUGGCCGCACCCAGGUCGUUCGCUACACGGCCGACAACGGUGGCUACCACGCCGACGUCACCUACGAGCCGACCGACGAGGUGGCCGACGUCGUGCCGACGGCUGCCUACCACCAACAGCAGGCAUACCACCUGCUGCCCGAGCAGGACGUGACCCACGUGACCCCGUCACCUUUCGGAGGUGCCGCCGCUUAUCCUGUCGUUAAGAAGAGGUUUUACGGCGAAUCGGCGGUAAGUGAGGUGAUUCCUGGUCACCUGGCAAAGGCCACCACCGACAUCGAACCGGCGCAAUUGGCGUUUGAGCAACACCUCCUCUACAAACGCAGCCACAAGCGGCGCAAGCACGCCGGCAGCAAGCGCUCUCGCAGGGCAUAAUUAAGUUUUUUUGUGCUAUUUUAAACAGUUUGUUAUGUUUUAAUUGUUCCAGAUCACUUUAAUUUUGCAUUUGAAUUUUCAUAAUUUGCUGAAAUUUGGUUACAAAUUUCAAAUCCAUAAUUUUUAAUUUCAUGGCUGUGAAAAUCUCAAACUUUUAAAAUAUAAUUGAUUUCUUAACAAAUUUAAUCUCUCUAGCUGAUGCUAUAAACAUUUUUUGCUUUUUUAAAAAUAACUAUAGCGAUACUAUUGUUUUCAAUUACUUAAUACUUUUCCAAUGAAAAUAGGAUGCCGCCUUAUUCCCGGCACAAAAAAAAAAAAAAAAACUAUUGCACGCAUCCUGUCCUUCCACGAACAAAAGAUUUUGACAUUAACGCAUUAAACUGGGCCAUUUUGAAAUUUCAAUCUAAAAUCUGACGACCUUGCGUCUGGUUUUAUAACAAUGAAGGGACCGCCCAAAACAAUUAUGAAUAAAUUUUGCCAAAUUUCAGCAGAUUGUGCAUAGUGAACGUGGUGCUAUUUGCGCCUAACUGCAAACACUUUCGCAACGCAGUAAUCUCAUUGUACGUGCUCUAUAGAGUGCAAAUCGUUGAUGCUUGGGAACUUCAUUUGCAUUAAAUGUGAGAGAGGAGUCGCAUGUGUGUGUGUGCAUUACAUAUUUCGUAUCACCGCUGGCGCGUUAUUAAAACUGCGAUUUUGCAAGUGUAUAUCAAAUAAUAAACACUCUCUGUAUGCUGCGAGAACAGAGAGAAAUUUUCGCGCCAUUGAAGCAGUGCGCGUCAAUUGUAUGAGGCGAUUUGCAUUUGAAUUAUUCGCGAGAGGUGCGAAUUUUCUGUUGAAAACGCUGAAUAAAUUUAAUAUAGCCUCUUCUCGUAGAGCGUCCAGAAGAAAUUCCUUUUCCUUAUUUGAUUAACAUUCAUAUCGCACGUCAAUGUGAAUUUCUUUUUCAUUUAACACCUCUUAUUGCAGGAAAUGCUUCA